AUGAAGAGAAUUUUAGAAUCUAGACAGUAGACUCACAAAAUGGUUGAUCAUCAAUUAAAUGACAUAAUUCCAUCUUUUUUGUAUUGUCCUUUUCCUUCUCAUGAUCACCUUUUUCCUCCCUUUAUAUAGCCUUCCAAACUUACACAAUCUUCCUCAUUCCCAAAACAAAACUAAAUAACUUCACAAAAUGUCAACAACAAACACCCCACAAAAAACAUCCAUGAAACCAGCCUUUCAACAACAACAAAUAUGCUCUGCUUCAAUGCUCUUCCCAUUCCUUCAAAGGAACACCUCUAUAUCUCAGACUAAUGAGAGGAGAGGACGGCGAAAGCAGGCCGAACCCGGCCGGUUUCUAGGAGUAAGGAGACGGCCAUGGGGUCGAUACGCAGCCGAGAUUAGAGACCCAACUACUAAAGAACGACAUUGGUUAGGUACCUUUGAUACUGCUCAUGAAGCUGCUCUUGCUUAUGAUAGAGCUGCCCUUUCAAUGAAGGGUACUCAAGCUAGAACUAAUUUCAUUUACUCUGAAACCACCCCUUUUUUCCCUCUUCUUUCACCUUUUGACGGUCCUUCUCUUUUACCUUCUGCUAAUCAUUUCUUCUCUCUUUCUCCUCCUCUUCCUAAACCUUCCACUUUUACUACAACUAAUAAUAUUGCUCCCACCACUCCACCACCACCACCACCACUCCAUACUGCCUCGGCCAAGUGGAAAAUCGACACCUACACUAAUAAUACGCAUUAUACAUCCCCAAAACAUAAUGAUUUUAGCUUCAAUAGCACUGAUGAUAACUCUGGUUACUUGGGUUGCAUUGUACCAGAAAAUUGCUUAAGACCAGCUCCGUCCGAAAACGACCCUCCAAUAAUAAGUACCAUUGUUAAAAACACUGAUCAUAACUCUAUCACUAACAAUAAUGUAGAGUACCCAAUGUCGUCGUCGUCGUAUGAUCCUCAAGAUCAUUAUUCAUUCUCAUCUUUAAGCAAUACUAAUGAAGAAAGCAUAAGUGGUAACUUGUCAUUGGAGAUUAGCAGUAAUUUUAGUGAUUACUGCGACGACCUCGCCGCGAUAAUUAAUCAUCCAUUAAUGAUGGAAGAAGGUUGCAUGAUGGAAGGCUUAUAUCCUGUGAUUGAAGAAUUACCAGCAGCAAGUUCUUAUUUUACAAUGCCUUGUGCUGGUUUUAGUAGUGCACCUUAUUCUGAUGAUAUGCUUGACUUGGGAUAUUCACUGUUUUAGUAAUAGCUAGCUUUAACUUCCAAUAAGAUUAUUAAUUAAUGCAUGAUUAUAUAUUAUAAAGGUACUUCUUCUAUAUAUAGUUAGAUGUUUCAUUCUUUGAAAGAGCUUGCAACUGCUUUUUAAUAUGUAAUUACACUAUAUAUUUUGAUGUAGUACAUAAUAUCAUGUUUAUGAGUGGCUGCAGCAGGUGU